AUUAUGGUUCAAAAAAACUUGUGAUAUUACCCAUGAGCCAGCAUAAUCUGUCUUUGCUCUUAUUCUCGCUAAGCAACCAUUUUGCAUGGAAGGUUGAGGUUUCAAACAAUUUUUCAACCUACUACCUCUUUUGCCUGCACGUGAGCACUCUACUACAAACGCGAUCAAGUUCCCUUCUUUACCCUUCUUUGAAGUGCGGUGUCUAACAAGAAAGCCAACACUUUUGGCAUACUUUUUAUAGAAAUCAUAAACUGCAUCUUUUGUAGGAAGCUCCAUGCCUAUCUUUGGAAUUUGUUCACAUUCAUCAGCAUUGUUAUCUCCAUCUGCUCACAUAAUCAAAUAAUUAUUUUACAUUAACUCCUUCAUAGAUACAACAGUCAUCUUUGCAGGUUUAUUGAGCGGACGGAGCCUAGGGUUAGGCGUAGAGCUUGAACAGUCUUUGGCAGAGGAGGCGGUUUGGACGGCAGCAUUGCUUGGCCUUCGUGAGGAUUGGAGCGGCGAUUACGUCUAAGGCAAGGGUUAGGCUUAUGCCUCGACAGAUUGGGGUGGCGAAGAAGUGUUGCGGAUGUCUGUGUGAAGGAAGCAUCCCUCCUAGGGCGAAGGCGGCUGUGGAUAAUUUGUCUUCUGGGCAGACCUUUGAUUUGGAGAUGGAGGCGAACUAUGAGCACAACGAGAUGGAGAAGUUGGCCCAAACGUACGAGUAUAUGGAGAUGGACAAAGAAGAUGAGACUAUAUUUGCUAGAAGCCAUGAAUUCGGGUGCAGCAGAUGGAGUAUAGAGAGUGUCGGCACCAUCACAUCGGAGAAGUCGGGUAUGGCUGGUGGAAAAGUAGUGUUCUUAGCAAGUAGACGAUUGAUAACGG